AUGAUGAGCGCGCGCAACGCCGUUAACGCCGCCGAGAAGGUGCACACGAUGUUGCGCAGCACAUUCAUGCGGCCUGCUGCCCUGCAGCCGGACGUGAUUAUGGAAGCCACCACCCCAGCCGAGGCAAACGUGACCGCCACCCCUCAAAGCGUGAACAGGCCCAUCACGGUUUCGGAGCUAACUGCCAUCACGAAAAAGAUCGACGUUGCCGACAGCGCGACCAUCGGCGAGGCCACGUCCUGUUUCAUCGAGGCAGAUAAAAAGACCUCGCGCAACGCCCGCCGCGCCCUGCGCGUGUCGCCGACUACGCCGCCGUCGUCCACGCCGACAAGUACCGCCGCAGGCCGGCAGCGCGACGUGGACGAGCACAACCGGCUGAACAGCAAUCUAUUCAUUCGCAACCUCGACGCGGAUGUGGACCAGGCGGAGCUGGACAAGCUCUUCCGCGCGUACGGCACGAUCCUCUCGUCUGCGGUGAUGCGGGACAUCCACACGGGCCAGAGCCUCGGCACGGCGUUCGUCCGCAUGAGCACCCACGAGGAGGCGCGAGUGGCGAUGCAGGCGCUGCACAACCACCCGGUCCGGUCCAAGGCUAUCUUGGUGCAGUGGGCGAAGCGGCACGAUGGCGCGCCCGUCGGCGAAGCCCGCAAGAAGAUCAUGAAGCUCUUUGUGCGCAACAUCCCGCUGGACUGCAGCGUCGAGGCGCUCGAGGCGCUCUUUGGGCAGUUCGGCUGCGUGCGCCAGGUGACGCUGCACAAGGACACGGCCCUCGUGGAGGACGCCGCGCUGGAGCGGCUGAUCGCGUUUGUGAUCUACACGGAGGAGGGUGCGGCGGAGCGGGCGGCGACGGCGAUGCACAACACGCGGCCCUUCCCCUCCUGCAACGGCAUCCCGAUUAUGAUCAAGCUGGCAGAGGACCAGGCACGGCACGACCGUGCACGUCCGCAGCGCUACACGCAGCCCGUCUCUCCCCAACAGUACCCGCCGCGUCGGUGCUUCCACGAGACGGCGGACGGCUCCGAGGAGGCGGCCGCCGCCUUCGACGCAAUGCGGCGCUCGCCGAAGUCGACGUCGAGCGGCAGCGACUACAACACCACCAGCAGCCGCAGUGCCACUUUCGUCGUGACCGGCGGUGUUGCCUCGACGGAGCUAUUCGACUUCCAGCCCGGCCGCGCCGUCGCCAACACCACGACUACCGCCGCCACGUACCUCCCGCCUUCCGUGCUGCUGUGGCCCGGCAACAACGCUGUGAUGGUGCGCAGCGGCCGUCAAUGCACGCUGCCCGACUCCAAUGCGUCAGUGCGCAGGGCCGUCGUCCCACUCUGCUCGCCGCUGACGCCGCCGCUGGCGGUUCACGCGGCCCACCCUUUUGGCGCCACGAGCCUGUGCAACGGCUGCGUUGCCGGCUCGCGGGUGGAUGGUCAGCAGCAGCAGCAGCGACCAGCGAUGGACCUGGGCUACGCAAGGGCCGUAGCCACGUCUCAGCCGCUGCUGCAGCGUGGUGGGAGUCAUGCGCUUCUGCAGAUCGCCACCCCCGCUGAGCCGAACUCCAUGCGGUCUUCCUCGGAGAACAGCGGGGACGGCAGCGGCGUCUCGCAUGGCGGCGUGGCCAUCCCCAACCCGCGCUCUGUGGCCCUCGCGGCGGCCCGUCGUCGACGCAUCAACGACACCGCCUGCGCUGGCGCGGCGCAGACGACAGCGCGCUCGGCGCUGUCAGCGUGCCUGAGUUUGGACUCCGGCUCCGCGCCGGUGUCGCCGGCGGUCGCCGCAGACGAGAUUCGCUCGCUGCCGUCUCUGCUCUCGCCGCUCAAGUACCGCCACAACCCGUAUAGCAUGUCAUCCUCCGUUUCCGCCUGCUAG